AAUGACGUUUGUUGUUAAAAUGUCAUAUAUUUUGACAUUUGCGUGGUGUUAUCUAUAAUUACAAUUUCCCACUCCCAAGAAGAUAAAAAUAAAUCAGAUACUACACGAAUGUUACUUGAAUAGAAUACGCUUUAGGCGAAUGGAGACAUUUGGGUUCUACUGGAAACAAUUACAAAAACUUCAAAAAUGUGGAAUUUAGUUGAGGAAACUAUGGUGACAAUAGACAAGAUUAGAAGACCAAGUCUCACAAAGCCUCUCGAGGAGAGCAAUGGGGAACCUUCUGUCAAACCAUCCGAGGUUUGUGUUCUUGUGCCAAAUAACCAUGAUGUUAAAAUAAAAAGGAGCAGACGCAUGCGUAGUAAUGAUAUCAAACGCAGUAAAGUAUUCAGCUGUUUGAUUACGUCACUUAUCAUCUGUGUGUUGAUUCUAGGAUUAUGUCUGUUUGCUUGGUUUCUACUAAGAGAACAGCAAACAAACGAAGCUGCUUCUAUUGCAGACAACAAUUUAAUCGGAAAUGAAAAUGGAGGAUAUGGCCCAUGGAAGGUGGCGACGUCAUGUUCUGUGACGUGUGGUGAGGGCACUAGAACUAUGAAAAGAGAGUGUUUGCAAAGGAAUCGUAAUUGUACGGGAUCGCACACUCAGAAUGUUUUCUGUGUAGAUCAACCAAUUUGCGUGGUUAAUGGUAGUUGGGGCUCUUGGAGUAAUUGGGUUGCAUGCACCAAGACAUGUGGCGCGGGUAUUAUGAGCCGGUUCAGGUAUCGUGACAGUCCUCGCCCCAGUGGCGCGGGUGCCAUGUCAUGUGGAUCUUCAGCCUCGCAGUAUAGCACAUGUUCAAACCAAAAUUGUGACACGAUUGCACAAAUUAAUAUUUCUUCGGUAGGUACUAUAGAAUCAGACGGCAGUUCUGGAUUUGAUGAAUAUCUAGGAGAUAAGCAAACUGCAGGAUUUUUCCUCGAUGUAGAUAAAUCGACGGACAUUUUUAAUUCCAUAAUUGAACGCACAGAUCAAAAUCCGAAAGAGUCAAUUCCUGAAAGGAUUGAAGCUUCCACGCCAGUUUCCCCUCCUUCCAUUUACCACAAGAUCAUUUCAACGACACCAUCUUCUUUGCAUUCAGUAUCACUUAGUCCAUUGUCUUCCUCUUCUUUACUUGCUGAUAUAUCUUCUAAAAAGGUUGGGCAUGAGUUUGGAUCACGCUUUGACAUUACUUCAACAAAAUCUGAAGUCUCUCAGAAUUUUGAUAUAAUUUCUACGAAGCGAAGACCGCCAUCCUCUCCCGAUCAAGGUAUUGCAUCCACAAAACCGGAAAUCUCUACUGAAGCGAGUAUAAUUUCUGCAAUCACUUCUGUGGACAUUUUAUCAACGGAAACGUUCUCUCUGAACACAGUUAACCCCUCGUACACGUCAAAAUCUACCACAUCGACAUUAAGUCUACCUGAUAUUUCUCCAGUGGAAGACCCAAUCAAUCUUUCCAGACACGGAGCGUCCUCUCAACAUACUCCAUCAACAAUAUCACCCUCUUCGAUGAUUCAGUCCACAAUUACUGACAUUUCGAUUUCACCAAUAGAGAUUACAGGAUCAGUUCAGUCAUCAGGAGAAUAUAUCAACAAGGCACACACUGACUGCCAUUGGACUGAAUUCUCUGAAUGGAGAGUUGAACUCUGUUCAAGGUUCUGCGGAGGUGGAGUCGGUGAAGAACGGAGGACCAGGUAUAGCGUUGGACAUAGUGAUUGCCGAGUCAGGGAAACGCAGAGUAGGACAGUGGCUUGCAGUACAAGAUCAUGCAACCGUGUAUUUUGUGAUUUUGACACACAACCUCUUUGUGGAUAUGUAAAUGACAAUACGACUGGGUUGCUAUGGAAACAGUCUGGUGGAUCCACUCCUACCACCCACACUGGACCUGGCGCUGACCACACUUCUGGACUUGAAGGUAAAUAUAUUUACAUGGAAGCAUCUGGUACGCCAUCUGGUGGAAUGUUCCGUAUUUCUACUCCGGUGUUUGAGAGCUACGGAGAAUCGUGUUUAUCUUUCUGGUACCAUAUGAAAGGCUUCUACAUGGGGACAAUUAAUGUGUAUGUCGAACACAGCUCAAGACCGAUGUUUUCGAUGGAUCACAAGAUAUGGAGUACAUUUGGCCACAGAGGAUCAUUGUGGAACUUUGCCUACAUGAAUAUACCGAACAAAAACUUCCGAGUGGUAUUUGAAGGUGUUCGUGGAUCUGAUGUAAAUUCAGACGCUGCAAUUGAUGACGUUCUGAUAGAAGAAGGCGCAUGUUCCAUACCGAGUAAAAGUGUAACCUGUGAUUUUGAGGAAGCACAUCUCUGUGGAUAUGUUCAGAGUUCAGAUGACGAUUUUGACUGGUCCUGGGAAACCAUAGCAACGCCAACUGAUAAGACAGGAUGUGAUACUGAUCACACAUACGGAAAUGGCACGGGACACUAUCUUUAUAUUGAAGCAAGCCAAACACAACCAAGAAGUCGUGCAGCUAUUGCCAGUCCAGUAACAAAGUUAAACGGUGGUGAAAAUAGAUGUCUCACGUGGUGGUAUCACAUGAAUGGUGAUGACAUUGCUGAUUUGGAAAUCACUGCAAGUAUUCAUAAAACUCAUAUUAUAAUAGCGCAAUGGCAAAGGACGGGGGCGCAAGGAAACUUUUGGAUCAAAGGUAGUUUGCAGAUAAGUUGUUCUGCCAAGAGUUCCGUUGAAUUUAAGUUUUCUGCAACGAAAGGUGAAGGACAAUCGAAAGGAGAUAUUUGUUUGGAUGAUAUUAGUUUAGUCGAUGGAGCAUGUUGAAUAAUAUGUCGUGUUUGGAGGGGCGUAGCCAGGAUCUAGAAAUUGGCAAAGCACAUUUGCCUCAUGUCUGGCAACGCCCUUUGUCAAGGAUGCAAAAAUGAUCACCUAGAAACACAUUGCACAUUACAUUUAAACUGGGAACACUUUUAAUUGGUCAAGAGAAAACGAGACAUACAAUCAAUCGGACAAUCAACCUGUUAAAAUGUGAGAGAUCUUCUUAGUUUGACUUAUCAUACACUACCAUAAUGCUAUACAGUUACAUAAUACACUUCCUUCAAAUGCGAAUAAUGAGACAAUUCGCGAUUUCAGUGAAUACUAUU